AUGGGCGGGCCUAUGUGUAUUCAUGGUAUGCAGAAUGUCAGGAGACGUUUGCUAGAGAAGUUGUUUGUAUUUGGCCUACCUAGCUUUGCAGCCUGCCUUUCUUUGCUUGGGUUAGCUGUGCUUGUAAAGAAGAAAGUUGAAGGCAUAGAUGUCCCAAAUCAUGAAUUAUUGUUCAGAUGCUCCCAGUUUCUUGCAUGGGUAUCUGUCAGUCUUGUCUCUGCCAAUGGACUUUUGUUCGAAAUACUCUAUAACCCAUUCAUCUGCAUCUGCUGGAUGUUGAAGAUUCUACUAGAGAUACCUCAUUUGCAAUACACACUCACAGUAAUAAAGGCAAUGUCAUAUUUUACGGAGAUCCUCUCAUUCUCGACAUCAAUUACAUUUGGACUUUUUCUUAUUGUUGCAACUGCAGCAGGCCGAUUAUGCAACAAAAGAGAAGUGAACUCUAUCGAAGCUCCACUCAUUCUGAACAAUGAAAAUUCUGAGACUGAAAGCACAAACUUGGUAUAUAAGCACCACAAUAUCUGGGAACUGUUGACUUUUAAGUCUGUUAAUCCAAUGAUGGACAUUGGUAUCACAAGACAACUUGAUUUCGCAGAUCUACUUGAAUUACCUUCUGAGCUCAGAGCUGAUUCUUGUUAUGACAAACUUCUGUCUUCAUGGACUGCUGAACAUCAAAAUCAUCAUGCUGAUCCAUCUCUACUUAGAGCUAUGUUUCACGCUUAUGGAUGGAUUUACUUACGUUUGGGCAUGUUAAAGGUGAUAAAUGACAGUAUCAGUUUUGUUAGCCCACUGCUACUCAACAAGUUCAUAAGGCUUAUUCAACAAGGUUCUGUUGGCAUGGAUGGAUAUACUAUUGCCAUUUCUCUAGGAUUGACUUCAAUUAUCAAGUCAUUUUUGGAUACCCAGUACUCAUUUCGUCUAGCAAAGCUCAAGUUGAUGUUACGAUCAAGUAUCAUGGGAAUAGUUUACCAGAAGUGCCUAUGCCUCAGUGUAUCUGAGCGUUCUAGGUUCUCUGAAGGAGAAAUACAGACCUUCAUGUCUGUUGAUGUUGACCGCACAAUUAACUUAUGUAACAGCCUUCAUGAUGCUUGGAGCUUGCCUUUGCAGAUUGGACUUGCUCUUUACCUAUUGUAUACACAAGUAAAUUAUGCAUUCCUAUCUGGACUUGCAAUAACAAUCAUACUAAUACCAGUGAACAAGUCAAUUUCUACAAGGAUUGCUACUGCCACGCAACAGAUGAUGAAGCAAAAAGAUGAGAGGAUAAGUUGUGCAGGAGAACUCUUAGCACACAUUAGAACAGUGAAGAUGUAUAGCUGGGAGAAACUUUUCACCCAACGCUUGAAGAAAAGAAGAGAAUUAGAAGUGACGCAUCUUGCGACUAGAAAAUAUCUGGAUGCAUGGUGUGUCUAUUUCUGGGCAACCACACCAACGUUAUUCUCCCUUUUCACCUUUUCCAUAUUUGCAAUAAUGGGUCACUCGCUGGAUGCUGCAACGGUCUUCACCUGUGUCGCACUCUUCAACACAUUGAUAUCCCCAUUAAACUCAUUCCCAUGGGUUAUUAACGGGAUGAUUGAUGCUGUUAUAUCUAGUAGGAGACUGCGCAAUUAUUUGUCUUCUCCAGAGCAUUGCUCUUCUGAGUUGAUGGCAUCAACUGAUGUUGCAAAGGAUGACGUUCAAAGAAAUACUGAAACAAUUUAUGAUCCCACAGCUGUUGUCAUCAGGAAUGUAUGUUGUUCAUGGUCUAAUCGCUCAACUGCUGAGCCCAACAUUAUUCUCAGAGACAUAUCUCUACAACUACCAAAAGGCCUUUUCAUUGCAAUCGUAGGCGAGGUUGGUUCGGGCAAGUCAUCUUUGCUGAAUUCUAUUAUUGGGGAAAUGUCUAUCAUCAGUGGUUCUAUCAACACAUGUGGUUCGAUUGCAUAUGUACCACAGGUACCUUGGAUAUUAUCUGGUUCUUUACGAGAUAACAUUUUGAUUGGAAAAGGAUUUGAUACAAAGAGAUAUGAAGAAGUAAUACAGGCAUGUACCCUUGAUGUCGAUAUCUCAGCAAUGGUUGGCGGAGAUAUGUCACACAUUGGAGAGAAAGGUCUCAACUUAUCUGGAGGACAGAGAGCCCGUCUAGCAUUGGCAAGGGCUUUGUAUCAUGACUCUGAUAUAUACUUGUUUGAUGAUAUACUUAGUGCAGUUGACUCACAGGUUGCUUCGUGGAUCCUGGAAAAAGCCAUUAUGGGACCACAAAUGAAGCAAAAAACACGAUUAUUAAGCACUCACAAUCUCCAUGCCAUUUCCGCUGCAGAUAUGAUUGUGGUCAUGGCUAAUGGAUUUGUAAAGUGGUUUGGUACAUCGGAAUGUUUCUUGGCAACUCCACAUUCAACAAUAUCUGAGCCAGAUAGUUCACAUGCUUUCUCAGCAACAAUUUCACAAAAAGAUAAAGGACCAAGCACCUCUGAAUUCAUAACUAAAGAUAUGCUUAACAAUGAUUCAGUGGUUGAUGAGGAGGAAAAAAGUGAUCAGGCUGAAGCAGAGGCCAGGAAAGAAGGCAUGGUUGAGCUUAUUGUGUACAAAAAAUAUGCAACAUUUGCGGGAUGGUCAAUGGUACUUCUAAUAUUUUUAAGUGCAUUCCUGAUGCAAGCAUCUCGUAAUGGGAACGAUCUUUGGUUGACUUACUGGGUUGAUACCAGCACAGGUACCAAAAAUACAAGAUUUUAUCUGACUAUCCUUGCUGUGUUUGGAAUAAUCAACUCCCUUUUCACAUUGGGAAGGGCAUUUUCUUUUGCAUACGGUGGCCUAUGUGCAGCAAUUCAGAUACAUGCUGAUCUUCUCAGCAAUCUCAUCGGUGCCCCAGUUUCUUUUUUUGACCAAAAUCCCAGUGGACGAAUACUGAAUAGAUUAUCGUCAGACCUCUACGCUAUUGAUGAUUCUCUUCCAUUUAUCCUCAAUAUAUUUGUGGCCAACUUCUUCAGCUUACUUGGCACUCUUGUUGUCUUGUGCUAUUCACAGGUUACAUUCCUACUCAUCUUAAUUCCCCUCUGGCUUAUCUACAGCAAAGUGCAGUUCUAUUACAGGUCGACAUCACGUGAAGUAAGGCGACUUGACAGUGUUGCCCGCUCACCUAUCUAUUCAUCUUUUACAGAGAUACUUGAUGGUUCAUCAACAAUAAGAGCAUUUCAGAAGGAAGGAUUCUUCUUACAGCGAUUCAUCCAACAUCUGACACUAUAUCAGAAAACAUCCUACUCUGAGCUUAUGGCUGGUCUGUGGCUCUCAUUAAGACUCCAGUUGUUGGCAGGGUCAAUCAUUUUGUUCAUUGCUGUAAUGGCCGUCGUUGGCUUCCAUAACAACUCGAAUGUUAACUUUGUUACACCCGGAUUGGUAGGCCUGGCGCUAUCAUAUGCAGCACCUUUUGUAUCGCUGUUGAAUGGCUUCUUGACCACUUUUACAGAGACAGAGAAGGAAAUGAUUUCUGUUGAGAGGGUUGUUGAGUAUGUUGGUAUACCUCAAGAAGAACUCCAGGGAUCAGAAUCUCCUCACAGAAGUUGGCCAACAGAAGGGAAGAUUGAGUUUGAGCAUGUAACUCUAAGGUACAAAGCGGAUUUACCACCUGCUUUGAAUGAUGUCUCAUUCCAUGUUGAAUCUGGCAUGCAGGUUGGGAUAAUAGGAAGGACUGGAGCAGGAAAAUCCAGUAUACUGAAUGCACUUUUCCGUUUAGCUCCAAUCUGCAACGGCCGCAUCUUAGUAGAUGGCUUUGAUGUGGCCAAAGUUGCUGUCCGAGAUCUCCGUGGGCAUUUUGCAGUAGUGCCCCAGAGUCCGUUCUUGUUUGAUGGUUCGUUGAGGGAGAACCUAGACCCUUUCAGUAUAACAACAGAUCUGAGGAUAUGGGAAGCCCUUGAAAAAUGCCAUAUGAAGGCAGAGAUCGAAUCAAUAGGAGGACUCGAUAUCCAUGUGAAGGAAAGUGGUGGAUCCUUCUCAGUAGGCCAGCGACAACUCCUAUGUCUCGCCCGUGCCAUCCUAAAAUCAUCCAAGGUUCUUUGCCUUGAUGAGUGCACAGCCAACGUUGAUAAUCAAACAGCAUCCCUGUUACAGAAUACUAUUUCUGCUGAAUGCAAAGGCAUGACAGUGCUCACCAUAGCCCAUCGUAUUUCAACGGUGAUGAAGAUGGACAAUAUUCUGGUUCUUGAUGACGGCAAACUGGUUGAAGAAGGAAACCCAGAGGUUCUUAUGAAUGACAGAUUCUCAAGAUUCUCCCGAUUUGCGAAGGCAUCUACAAUGUGAUCCCAUGAAAAUGAUGUGCUACUCUGUUAUACCAGGAGAGACAGUAGGGCUUAGUGGUAGCUCAUUUUGAUCACUAACAGGGGUACCUUAUUCUCCGAUGAGCAAAUUCACAUGGUAGUUGAUUAGCAAACAGUGAUCAACAGCUUUUCUUGGAGACCUUGUGAUUAUUUAGCUUGUGGACUGAUUGAGCAUUAACACGAUGUUUGCUGAUA